AUGAAUCAUCAAGAAUUUGAUAUUUUAAAUGGAACUGAUGAAUUUCCUUAUCCUAUAUCAAUAAUUCAAACUGAUUUUAAAAAUUUCAAUACUAAUAAUCAUGAAAUUGAUUUAUUUUUAUAUAAAAAUUAUCGAUUUAAUAAUCUUGAUUCUAUAAUUAAAGAAUUAAAUCAAUUAUCACAAAAUUUAAAUCAAAAUUUAUUAGAUUUAAUUAAUAAUGAUUAUCAUGAAUUUAUUGAAUUAGGUAAAUCAAUUAAUAAUGGAUUAAAUUUAAUUAAUAAUAUAAUUGAAGAUUUAAAAAAUUUUCAAAUUGAUUUAAUUAAUAAUUAUUAUAAAAAAUUUUUUAAAUUAGAUAAUCAAUUAUUUGAAAUUUUACAAAAUCGUCAAAUUUUAAAUAAUUUGAAAACUUGUAUAAAAUUGAAUUUAAUACUUCAUGAUCAAAUAAUUGAAUUUGAUAAUUGUAUUAAUAAUAUUAAUAAUAAUCAAUUAAUUGAAAAUUUAAAUCAAUUGAAGAUUUUAACUAGUUUAUAUUUAUCAAUUAAUAAUAUUGAAAUUUUUUUAAAUAAAUUUAUUCAAUUGAGUAAUAUCAAUAAUGACAACCAUAAUAAGAAUUAUUUCAAUUCACCAUUUCAUGAUAAUUAUAUAAAUAAUAAAAUUUCUUCAAUAAAAUUAGAAUUUAAAAGUUUUUUGGAUCAAUUAAUUAGAAAAGAAUUGAAUCAAAAAAAAAAUUUAAGAAAUUCUCAAAUGAUAUUUGAAUUAUUAAAUAUUUAUAAAUUAAUUGGUGAAGAAAAAAAUAUAAUGAAUAUUAUAAAUAAUAAAUAA